AUGGAUAAAAAAGGCAACUUUGAAAGACUAAGGAAGAAAUUAAAGAGUGAUUUAUUUAAAAAUGAGUCUCACUAAAACUAGUAAGCUGAAGAAAUCAUAAACUAAUGUCCUUAGAUUUUAGAAUAUGUUCAUUGCUCGAGUUAAAGUGAAUUUAAAGAAGAGCCAACUAAAUUGAUAGAUUAUCUCUCAAAUCAGAAACAAUUAGAAUAGAUGAAGUAGUCCUUCUAAAAUUAGUAUUAAAUAGGUAAGAUAUUAGGAGAAGGUGCUCAUGCAGUAGUUCGAUAAUGUUGGCAAAUAACAAAUCCUGAUGAAACCUAUGCUGUCAAAAUUACUAGAAAUCCUGAUCCUGAAAUUACAGAAAUUAUGAAACAAACAUUCUUAAAUACAGUCUCUUUGAAUCAUCCAUAUAUAUGCAAAACUAAUAUGCUUUACAUAGAUCCUAAUAUGGAAUGCUCAUAUCUCGUCAUGGAAUAUUUGCCAUAUCCUAGUCUAUAAUAAAUCCUUAAAGAUAGAUAGAAACUGGAAUUUGAAGAAGUCCGCUAAAUUAUUAGACAAUUAUUUGAAGCAGUAUCUUAUAUCCAUUAACUUGGAUUAUGUCAUAGAGAUAUUAAACCAGAUAAUAUAUUAUUUGAUAAUGAUUCAAACACAAUUAAAUUGAUUGAUUUUGGUGUAUCAAAAAGAUUUCUUGUAACUGAAAAAAGUUGUAAAGACAUUAAAAAUAAUCUUAUGUGGACUGUUACUGGAACCAUGCCAUAUCAAGCACCAGAAUUAUGGACAGGAUUUGGAUAUUCCAAUAAAAUUGAUAUAUGGGCUAUUGGAGUAGUUUGUUAUUAAAUGUUAUGUUCAAAACUACCUUUGGAUUAAGAAAACCAAAUGGAAAGUUUUUCUACUUAAACUGAAUAUACUGGACAUUUUCAAGAAGAAUAGUUUAUUAAUCUUCCUCCAUUAAUUAUUGACUUCAUUAAAAGAUUAUUAAAAUGGGAUCCAGAAAAAAGAAUUACAUCCUAAGGUAUUCUCAAUUUAUAAUUUAAAAGAGGCUCUCCUUCAUCCUUGGCUUUAUUAACCAAAGUUAAUACCUAUAUAUUCCAAAGGAAAAUCUAAAGAUGAUAUAUUCUCUCGUUCAAGUGGCAAACCUCUUUUGGCACUUGUUAGAUCUAUGUAAGCUAAUUUUAAAAUAUUUUAAUAAUCUGUUUUAAAUGUCAAUGAGCAUUUUAUUGAUAAAAACGACUUCAACAAAAAUCAUGGAUAAAUUAUAAUUGGUUUUAAAGAAACUAGUCAAUAAAUAAGAGACAAAUCAAUUCAUUUUCAAUAAUCAAUUCAUUCUAUGAAUCUCAAUAAAUGUUUUUCUAAACCUAACACAGAAGAUGUUAAAGAUCUUUUUGAUGUUAUUAGUUAUUGUGAUAGUAAUUCUUCAUUUGAAGCUUUAGAAGAGAAACAAUAAAUAUAAACUCAACAAUAAAAAUAAGCGAUAUAACAACAACAAUAAAAAAUUGCAUUUUCUUAAAGACUAGGAAUUAUUAAAGAAGAACCUGAAUCACUUUUAGCGAGUAAUUUUAUUUCUAAAAUAUAAUAAUAAGUUGAAAAUUGA